AUGGCUGCGGGAGGAGGGGGAGCCAAGCCCACCGUCGGGUCCAGGAUGGAGAACUUCCGAAAGGUGAGGACAUCGGAAGAGGAGAGCCCCUUGCCUUUCCCCGACCUGCCCCCGGGCGUGGUGGAGAUGAAAGUGAAGGAGGGCAGCAAGAUCAGGAACCUGAUGAACUUCGCCAUGGCCCAGCUGGAGCUGAGGGGCAGCCGGCAGAUCGUCUUCAGCGGCAGCGGCCGGGCAGUCACCAAGACCAUCACCUGCGUGGAGAUCAUGAAGAGGAAGCUGGGAGGUCUUCACCAGGUCACCAAGGUGCGCUACAAAACCUUGCUGGAGGUCUGGGAGAACCAGAACCCGCUGCCUGGUGGCCCGGCACAGAACCUGACCGUCCACAAGAACGUCCCCUCCAUCUCUAUCCUCCUCUCUCGGGACCCCCUGGACCCCAACCAGACAGGAUAUCAGCCCCCAGAGCCCCGGGCCGAGCCGGGGACACGGCUCAGCCGGGCCGAAGGGACAUCCAGCUCCUCUACCAAGGGGCUGAAGCGGCCCCUGCCACCUCCCUGUGAGCAGCUGCUGACCAAAAAGUUGCAGGCUGAGAAACCCGAGUGCCCGAGGGGCUCGGGGACCACCUCCAGCCAGCCAGACUGCCACCACUGA